GCAACCUCCCGCCCCGCCCCGCCCCACCACCGGCAAAAGCAAAACCGCGCCACCACGGCAGCGACAUAGCACCAUUCUGAAUCAACACAUUUCCUCCUUGCCCCACACCCAGCGAGCGACGAUCCGUCGGGCACUCGGGCUAGCUUCUGUUGGCGGCGAUGGCGAUCCACCUGCUGGCGUUCAUGGCGGCCAAGGGUUUCGUGCAGGUGUUCCAGGUCUCGGCGCCGCUGCUGUGGCCGCUCAACCUCUGGCUGCCGCUCCCGCGCAACCUGCCGGAGGUCUGCGUCGUCGUCUGCGGCGCGCUCGCCUCCCACGUCGCCUGGCUGCGCCGCGCGUACGCCCGCCGCCGCUCCAUAAGCCGCGACGAUAACGACAACGAGCUGCACCGCCAGGCGCUCGUCGACGCCGCGUACUGAGAUGCUGGAGCAGAAGCAGGACGGUUUUUCCUUUUCAUUUUGAUUUGUAGGUUUCUUGUUCACGGGCUGCAUGCUCGAUCCUUGCAGUAUUCCCGAGCGUCCCGUGACAUGUGUAUGUUGGCUGUAAGUUGUAGUAACAUUCAAUCUGUAGAUACGAGUAAAUUCUAGUACUAAAACCGACGGAUUCUGUCGUGAUUAUUCGCUUUGGUCAAUUGCUCAAGCAUCUCCAAUACAACGGUACUAGAGUUAUUUCUUCA